AUGCAGGAUAGAGAUCGAAAACUGAGGAUAUUUGCUGGCAAUGAGCACCCCUUUAGUGAUAGGACCAUCGAACUAGCUGUGAUGCCUCCACGACAAGUAAGAGGAAUGCGUCCCCGCGUGAGGCGAGCUAUGAUUCGAGCUCAGACAAAGACUAAGCAACAACAAGAAGGCACUUCGGAUACAAGAAAAGGCAGAAAGAAAGAAGAGAAGUUUCAAAUUGAUUGUGAUUCUUUGAUACUUGUUAAUAUGUUGUUGGUUAAAUGCUCCUGUGCAUGGCCUUAUUUGUCUUCACUUAGCCAAAUUAAGGAGUUGUUGAGGGGUGUUGAUUUUCAAAUUAGGCAAGUUUAUAGGGAAGCGAAUGGGGUUGCGGAUGGCUUGGCUAAUCAGGCAGUUAGAACCAAAAAUUCUUCUAUGUUUCAUGGUGCUUUGUGUGCAUUUCAGUAA